AAUGGUUUUUCCUAGUAGUUACAAAUCAUAUUAAUGUGGAACACUCUUAUAUAAGUUCCUCCAAUUUAUAUGUAUACAUUGUAAGAUAAUAAAGAAAAGUUUGUGUUGGUUAAAUGAAUUCCACCAACAACAUUAUGUAUCCUGCCGUAAGUGAAACAGAUCAUAGUAGUCAUGGCCAUGGCCAUCCCCCUCAAGGUCAAGGCUAUGUCCUACAAAUGCCAAGUUAUGGCAUGCCAGUGCAACAACCUUAUGCUCCUCCAUAUAUCAGCACCAGUUCAAGGGGCAUCCCAAGAACACAUCACUGGUCAACUGGUCUUUGCCGUUGUCUUGAUGAUCCAGGAAUCUGUUUGGUCACUUGCUUCUGCCCUUGUGUUACUUUUGGAUUGAUAGCAGAGAUAGUGGAUAAAGGCAAUUCAACUUGCACCUGUGAUGGAACAAUUUAUGGGGCGCUACUGGCUGUGACUGGACUUGCAUGUUUAUAUUCAUGUUAUUAUCGGUCCAAACUGAGGGCACAAUAUGACUUGCCAGAGGCACCUUGUAUGGAUUGCUUAGUUCAUUUUUGUUGUGAAACUUGUGCUCUUUGUCAGGAAUAUAGAGAGCUCAAAAACCGUGGAUAUGACUUGAGCAUAGGUUGGGAUGCCAACGUGGAAAGACAGAGGCCAGGAGUUGCAGUGGCACCACCAAUGAUUUCACCUAUGACAAGAUAAAAAAAAGAAAAAAAUGAAACCUCUUUAGGAGCUCUUUUCACAAGCCACGGAAAUUGUUGAUCUUGUUUCAACUUCUUGGUUUGUAUAUAUUCUGUUUGAUGCUUGAAAAUGUUUGUCUGAUAUGAUCACCAGUAUAUUAAGCUUUGUCACUUAAUUAGAGACCUACUUCAGUUCCAAUUUACAGUACUUCAUAUUUUUGUCUUAAAUCAGCCUAUAAUCCAACAAGUUAAGUUGCUUUUCGUA